AUGGCCGAUUUGAAAGUCAAUCUCACUGCUCCCAAUGGCAGGAAGAUCACCCUGCCUACCGGGCUGUUCAUCAACAAUGAGUUUGUCAAGUCAAGCUCCGGAGACAAGAUCACCAGCAUCAACCCCACAGAUGAGUCGGAAAUCUGCUCCGUCGAGGCCGCCUCGGCGGAUGACAUUGACAAGGCUGUGAAGGCUGCCCGAGCCGCCUUCAAUGACCCAUCCUGGCGCGACCUCCCGGCCACCGAGCGUGGCACCCUGUUGUACAAAUUCGCCGAUCUCAUCGAGGCCAACAAAGAGACGCUUGCCACGCUGGAGACAUGGGACAACGGGAAGCCGUACAGUGUUGCACUGAAUGAAGAUCUGGAGGAGGUGAUUGGUAUCUUUCGGUAUUAUGCUGGUUGGGCAGACAAGAUCUACGGAGAGACUAUUCCGACCACGGCUAAGAAAUUCGCAUACACCCUGAAGCAACCCAUUGGCGUCUGUGCGCAGAUCAUCCCCUGGAACUAUCCCUUGUCCAUGGCGGCAUGGAAGCUAGGCCCAGCGCUGGCUUGCGGAAACGUCGUGGUCCUCAAACCAGCCGAGCAGACCCCUCUGUCAGUUCUCUACUUGGCCUCCCUGAUCCCCGGCCUCUUCCCUCCUGGUGUGGUCAACAUUGUCAACGGCUAUGGUCGGGAAGCCGGUCACGCUCUGGCAUCGCACCUGGACAUUGACAAGAUUGCGUUCACUGGCAGCACCAUCACUGGCAAACAAGUCAUGAAGAUAGCCAGUGUCAACAUGAAGAACAUCACGCUAGAGACGGGCGGCAAAUCGCCGCUUCUGAUCUUCGACGAUUCAGAUCUCGAGCAGGCAGCCAAAUGGGCCCAUGUCGGCAUCAUGUCCAACCAGGGCCAGGUGUGCUGUGCCACAUCUCGUGUGCUGGUGCAAGAGGGCGUCUAUGACAAGUUCGUCGAGCUCUUCAAGCAGACGGUCAAGGAGACGUCCAAGGUCGGAGACCCAUUCGCCGAAGACACACAACAAGGGCCUCAAGUCACCAAGGCGCAAUACGAGCGAGUUUUGAGCUACGUCGACAGCGGCAAGUCCGAAGGAGCCAGCUUGGUGGCGGGCGGUGUGCCGUACAAGGAGGUCGGCGGCAAGGGCUACUUCAUCGAGCCGACCAUCUUCACCAACGUCAAGGACACGAUGAAGAUCUACCGUGAGGAGAUCUUUGGGCCCUUUGUGGUGAUUACCUCGUUCAAGACCGAGGAGGAUGCCCUCCGCAUGGCCAACGACACCACCUAUGGUCUGGGCAGUGCCGUCUUCACCACCGACGUCGAGCGUGCGCACCGGGUCGCCGGCCGACUGGAAGCUGGAAUGGUGUGGAUCAACAGCUCCAACGACUCGGACAUCCGCGUGCCGUUUGGCGGUGUCAAGCAGAGUGGUAUCGGUCGGGAGUUGGGUGAGGCCGGUCUGGCUGCCUAUACGCAGACCAAGGCGAUUCAUGUCAACUUGGGUCUGAGGUUGUGA